AAACCUUCAAAUCAUCCUAUUAGUUUAUCCCCAAGCUACAAUCAACAUGUCUAUUCUCUCUUUAAGCCCACUUUCCUUUCUUUGUAAACUCUUUCUCAUCACUAUCCUUUUCACAUCUAAAUCCAAAGCAGACAACAACGACCAAAAAUUCCAUUACUUCUGUGACCAAAACAACGACAGAGGUAACUACAUAACCGGAGAUACAUACUCCAACAACCUCAAAUUCGCUUUUCUGCGCCUCACUUACAACUUAAAACUCGACAACGGUUUCACCAACACCAUUUAUGGCGAAAACAACAACAAAGUUAACCUGAUGGGAAUAUGUAGAGGAGACAUUAGUCCUCAAGACUGUCGCAAAUGUCUCAUUGGUUCUAAAUUCAAUCUAACACAAGCAUGUCCAAACAAAAAAGAAGCAAUAGGUUGGUACGAGGACGAGAAAUGCAUGUUGCGUUACUCAGACCGUUCGAUUUUAGGCCUAAAUGAAAUUGGACCCGCUUAUUUUGCAUGGAACUUGAACAAUGCAACAUUAGCAGAUCAGUUUAACGUUGUGGUGAAACAGUUGUUGAAUGAUUUGAAAAGCAAAGCUAUAAAAGGUGACUCGAAUCGUAAGUAUGUUGUGGGAACAUUACCAGGUCCUAGUAAUGAUCAAGUAAUAUAUGGUCUUGUUCAGUGUACACCUGAUUUGAGUGGUCCACAGUGUGAUGAUUGCUUGAUUUCAUCUAUCGUUGAGGUUUCGAGAUGUUGUAGUAAUAGGAUUGGUGCGAGAAUUGUUAGACCAAGCUGUAAUUUGAGAUUUGAAACUUCGUAUCAGUUCUAUCAACCAUGAAGAUAAAGGAAACACAUGAAGAAGUAUUGCAGCUAUAUAUAAUUGUGUCACUGUUGAGUAUCUUGUUGUGCCUACUUUUAUCUGUGUGUCUGUUUGAUAAUAAGGAUAAUCAACUAAACUUUGAACUAUACAUGUCUGUUUGAGAAUAAGGAUAAUCGACUAAACUUUGAACUAUUUGUAAUAAGCACAGAUACUUCAUUAGGAGAAUCUUGUGUAUAUAUGCUGCAACAUGUCUAGUUGAGUUGCUUGUAAUAUUUGAUGUCAAUGUUAUGAAAAACUAUCUAUUAUCUAUAUGUAAUAUAUUAAAUCUGAAACCGACACAUGUUGACAUGAAAA